UGCGGAGAGCAGCGCCAGUCCUUUAAAAGAAUCCUCCACGAAACCAUCAAAAUUUUCAACUCCCAAACGGAUAGUCAAGACUAUGGACUCGUGAGACCAGUCACGCACUCCAUUCUUCCCAUAAUAUACUCACACAACACACACCUUACAUUCUCUCUCUCUCUCUCCAAACAGAAAAUGUGAUAUGCAAAGAUGAAAGGAAUAGAGCUUCUGAAUCUCGCAAUCGUUCUGACGAUUCUGAUUCUCGGCGGCGGAGUUUCACGUGGAACCUCCGGUAACUCCGAGUUCAACGGUGACUACUCGAAAGUAUCGGGAAUUAUAAUUCCUGGUUUCGCUUCUACUCAGCUUAGAGCUUGGUCUUUUCUCGAUUGUCCUUUCUCUCCUCUCGAUUUUAACCCUCUCGACCUCGUUUGGCUUGACACUACUAAACUUCUUUCUGCUGUUAAUUGUUGGCUUAAGUGUAUGCUACUCGAUCCUUACAACCAAACAGACCAUCCUGAAUGCAAGUCUCGUCCUGAUAGUGGUCUUUCUGCAAUUACUGAGCUCGAUCCUGGUUAUAUAACAGUGUUUUUCAAUAUAGGUCCACUAUCUUCUGUGUGGAAAGAUUGGGUUAAGUGGUGUAUUGAGCUUGGAAUUGAAGCUAAUGCAAUAAUUGCUGUUCCAUAUGAUUGGAGAUUAUCCCCAUCCAUGCUUGAGGAGCGAGACCUUUAUUUUCACAAGCUCAAGUUGACAUUUGAAACUACUCUUAAACUCCGCGGCGGACCCUCAAUUGUACUUGCCCAUUCUUUGGGUAACCAUGUCUUCCGCUACUUUUUGGAAUGGCUAAAGCUAGAAAUUGCACCAAAGCAUUACAAUCAAUGGCUGGACGAACAUAUUCAUGCCUAUUUUUCUGUUGGAGCUCCUCUUCUUGGUGCAACUGGGACAGUGAAAGCAACACUAUUUGGAGAAACAUUUGGUCUUCCUGUUUCUGAGGGGACAGCUCGGUUGAUGUUCAAUUCAUUUGCUUCCUCAUUAUGGAUGAUGCCAUUUUCUAAGUAUUGUACAUCUGAUAAUCCAUAUUGGAAGCAUUUCUCUAGAGCAUCCAAGAAAAGUCAUCAGACAUAUCAAUGUGAGGAACGUGAGUUUCAAUCAAAUUACUCUGGAUGGCCAACAAAUAUGGUCAAUAUUGAAAUUCCUUCUAUCCGUGAUUCCACAUUUCCAGGGCUCCAGUUGUAUCCAUCAGUAACAGAAGUGGCUCAGACCAACUUAUCUAGCAUGGAAUGUGGAUUCCCUACUACUCAGUUAUCUUUUUCAGCUCUUGAAGUAUCAGAUGGGACCUUGUUUAAAGCAAUCGAGGACUAUGAUUCUGAUAGCAAGAGGCUCUUAUACCACCUAGAGAAGUCAUAUCAUGGCGAUCCUAUUUUGAACCCACUUACACCUUGGGAGAGACCACCUAUUAAAAAUGUUUUCUGCAUCUAUGGAAUAGAUAUGAAGACUGAGGUUGGUUAUUAUUUUGCGCCAAGUGGCAAGCCUUAUCCUGAUAAUUGGAUCAUAACAGAUGUCAUUUACGAGUUGGAAGGAUCUCUUUUCUCCCGGUCAGGGACAAUGGUUGAGGGGACUCCUGGAGCUGCAAGUGGGGAUGAAACAGUACCAUAUAAUUCUCUGUCUUUCUGCAAGAAUUGGCUUGGAUCAAAAGUUAAUAUAACAAGAGCUCCGCAGUCACAUCACAAUGGGUCUGACGUACAAGUGGAGCUGAAUGUAGAACAUCACCAUGGGGCAGAUAUACUUCCAAACAUGACAAGGUCGCUAAGUAAAAAAUACAUUACAUAUUAUGAAGAUUCUGAAAGUGUUCCAGGAAAGAAGACGGCAGUUUGGGAGCUGGAUAAAGCAAAUCACAGGAACAUUGUCAGAUCUGAGAUUCUGAUGAGAGAGUUGUGGCUUCAGAUAUGGCAUGAUAUCCAAUCUGAUGCAAAAUCAGAAUUCGUUACAAAAGCUAUGCGGGGACCUUUGAGGGAUGGUGACUGCUAUUGGGACUAUGGGAAGGCUCGAUGUGCUUGGCCUGAAUACUGUGAAUAUAGGUAUAUUUUUGGGGAUGUUCACCUAGGACAAAGUUGUAGGUUGAAGAAUUCUUCAGCUGAUGUACUUUUGCGUUAUGUAUAGUUUACAAGUUACUGACAUUGGGCACUCGGUCCAUCCGAACCAACUCUUGCUGAUUUUAGCUGCACUUGAUUCCUUGGAAAUUGUAUUCAUGCUGGUUGAUCAUUCUUUAAUGCAUCAUGCGCAAAUGAGGCUCACUUUAGAAGGUCAGAAUGGUUCCUGGUCUUCAUACUUGUUGGCCAUUAGAUUCCUCCAUUUUCUGCAUUAGGCCUUCUGGGUAACUUGCCCCAUGUCUGCUUCAUCAACUGAAUGCUUACUUCCCCUUGUCCGCAAACUAUAUAAUGCCAAAAGCAGAAUAUCAAAAUUGUGUAUAUUCAUUAGUGGAACUCAAUUAGAUGCUUACUGAGGAGUGUAUCUUCAAGUAGCAACGAGUCAUGUGCAAAGAACCAUAGUCUCAACCAACAAUAAGACCCUCGAAGCGGUGGCUCAUCAGUUGAUGAUAGAGUGGUAAAUUGAAAAAAGAAAAAGAUACAAAAUGUAUGGCAUGGUCUGUAUUAUAAUAUGAACCACAUUUACUGAAUAGUUGAUAAUUCCCAGCAAAUUUGUUUUAAAAAAAUAGAACUAGAAAAUAGGAAGAAUGUAUUGUUCUGGAACACUUCAAAAAAAAAAAAAAAUUAAAACAAAUAAAAUACACCUUGUAUAAGAAGUUUCAUCUUUUAUA